AUGAGCAGCAUUUCUUUAACUGCUGCUCAUUCUCAUUCAAAAGAAUCCUUGGACAUGGGCACCAACAAACUUCCAAAAGAUACUGGCCUGGCAUCUCUGGAUAUUUGUAUCAGUACCAAGGAUUUUGGGGGGCCGUAUUGGGAUCAUGUUUUGGGGUACUGGAAAGCAAGUCUUGAAAGGCCAGAUGCAGUCUUGUUCCUGAAAUACGAAGGUCUGAAGAAGGAUAUCUUGCUUCACAUCAGAAAAAUGGCUGAGUUCAUGGGAAAACCAUUUUCCGCGGAGGAAGAGGAGCAUGGUGUACCUCAAAAGAUCGCUGAUGUGUGUAGCUUUGACAACUUGAGUAGUGUAGAUGUUAACAAGAAUGGUAAGCACCGGCUUUCUGCUUCUGUCGAGAUCCCAAACAGUGCAUACUUCAGAAAGGGAACAGUUGAGGAUUGGAAGAAUCAUCUUACACAAGAGAUGAUCCAAACUGUUGAUCAGAUUACGCAGCAGAAACUACUUGGAUCCAAUUUGUCCUGGACUAGUGUGACCCAAGCAGCUUGUAAAGAUGCACAUCUUGUUCUUGUUUUUAUUUCUAUUUGCUUUUAG